AUGACUGAGUUGAGGACAACACCCCUGCCCCAAAUAGAGUCCAGCCUGAAAAAUGGAAUCAAACAUAUUUUGAACAAUUCGAAAACAUUCAAUCCAUCUAGAGAACAACAUGUAGAUAACUCACUAAUUUAUGUUUGUCUGCUCAUCUGCCUGUUGGGGCUGGUGGGAAAUGGGAUCGUCCUCUGGUUCCUUGGCUUCCGUAUUAAGAGGAACCCCUUCACCGUCUAUGUCCUCAACCUGGCUGCUGCUGACUUUGGUUUCCUCCUCUUCUUGGCUCUUUACCGCUUGGGCUUUAUAUUGAAAUUAUUUUACUCAUUAAAGUACUUGGACUUGUUGCUUGCGUUCACGUACAGCUCGAGCGUGUCCCUCCUGACAGCCAUCAGUGUGGAAAGGUGCAUGUCUGUCCUUUUCCCCAUCUGGUACCGAUGCCGGAGCCCCAAGAACAUGUCUGCCAUUCUCUGUGCCUUACUCUGGGCUCUCUCCUGCCUGCUCACUGGACUGGGAGCAUAUGUUUGCUUUUCUGACUCCUAUGAAUGUUGUCAAAAGAUGCUCCUCCAACUCACUAGCAUGAACUUCCUGAUAUUCACCCCCAUCACAGUUCUGUCAAGUCUGAUCCUCAUCAUCAAGGUCCAAAGAAGUUCCCUGCGACACCGGCCAAGAAAGCUCUACAUUGUUAUCUUGCUCAAUGUCCUUUUCUUCCUCCUCUUCAUUCUUCCCUUCUGUAUUGUCACCUUCUUCCAAAAAGCUAUUAAUUAUGACUAUUUUAUUAAUUCCAGUUUCAUGCUGGCCUCUCUCAACAGCAGCAUUAACCCAGUUAUUUACUUCCUCAUUGGGAGCUAUAGAAAUCAAAAAUUUAGGGGAUCAGUCAAAAAGGCACUCCAGAGCGUGUUUGAAGAGGAGGCAAAUAACAAAGACGAUAGCGUUAGUGCUACUUAA